AUGGCGCAAGUGGUAGACCGAAAUGAAAAUUCUCAGACAGAAUAUGGAAAGGAUAAUCCUACUUCCUGCACAUCUACAGAUAAUGUUGAAGAACCUCUCCAACAAGAAUCACUAGAGCAGUCUCCAUCGUGGUUGACCGGAUGGAGACUUCACCUCACCACUGUAGGUGUGCUACUAUGCCUGUAUUUGGUCAACAUCGAGGUCACUAUCGUCAGCACUUCUCUGGUAACGAUUGUGGACGAUCUGCUCGGGUUUGAUAGAAGCAGUUGGGUUAUUACCAGCUACUUAGUGACAUAUACAGGCUUUAUCAUUAUUUGGUCUAAAUUCAGUGAUGUUGCAGGUCGCAAAGUUGCGAUAUGUUCCACCAUGGUAACUUUCAUAGCUUUUUCGGCGGGCUGUGGAGCAUCAAAGACUAUGACAGAAUUGAUAACAUUUCGGGCACUACAAGGUAUUGGUGCUGCAGGAACUUAUUCGAUGUCAAUUCUUGCGGUCUACGAUAUGGUUCCAAUGGCCAAGCUAGGGCUGUAUGGGGCACUUAUUUCGGUCACAAUUGCCUUGGCUACAUUAACAGGACCCAUAUUUGGUGGGUUAUUUGCCAGAUCUUUAAAUUGGAGAUGGGUAUUCUAUCUAAAUCUUCCUUCUGGGGCAUUGGCAGUCAUUCUUCUCAUCAUUGCAAUGCCGAGGCAUUUUGGCUCACAUUCUCAUUCAUCUUCAUCCAUCCUCAAGAUUUUCUCACGGAAAAGCAUCCGACGGCUAGAUUUCGUUGGCGCUUUCUUCCUUUUAGCGGCCUCUCUUUUACUAGUCACUGCCCUUUCAGAAGCCUCGACCCGCUAUUCAUGGGCAUCUGGUGUGAUCAUUGCCCUUCUAGUGCUUUCUGCCCUUUCAUGGCCGGCAUUUCUCUUAUGGGAAUGGCAUGUUACGAAAGCCGAAAGGCCAGAGCCAAUUUUUCCUUGGAGGUUCUUCAAGAGCAGAUCGUGGCUCGCCAUGCUCAUCAUCACAUUCCUUGUCGGUGUUCCGUUCAAUGUCAUUGCAAUUUCACUUCCUCAGAGAUUUCAAGUUGUAUCUCAGACUUCAGCAUUGGGAGCAGGCAUAAGACUUAUUCCUUACUCAACGGUUGCUGCAGUCUGCUCUGCAAUUGCAAAUAUCGCUUGUUCAAAAGGCAAGAUACCUCCUAUAUACCUCCUCAUGCUCGGUGCUGUGCUACAAACAGUUGGCUUGGCAUUAUUUACAACUCUACCUAAAUCGGGCACCUUUAUCACCGCAGGUUAUGGAUACGAGGUUCUUGCAGGUGCAGGGAUAGGCACUACUUUUGGUAUAUUGAUCCUCACAACUCCGUUUGUUGUAGAAAAGAGAGACCUCGCUGUUGCAACGGGCGCAAUUAUUCAAUUGCGUUUUCUCGGAGGUGCCAUUGGUCUGGCAAUUGCAUCAACGGUGCUCAACAGUUUGCUUAAAAAGCAUUUACACGGUAUCAUAUCGGACAGUGAUAUUUCAUCUCUCAUGCAGAGUACUGAGAUCAUUGCUACUUUCAGUCCUGAGAUGCAAGAGCAGAUACGAGAGAUAUUUGCAGACAGUUAUGACUCUCAGUUCAAAAUUAUGAUUGGAUUUGCCGCCGCUCAAAUACCAGUAUCAGCGUUGUUGUGGCAAAAGGGAAAACAGCUCAAGACAGGAUAG